GGCGGCGGCUGCGGCGCAGAGGUAGAAGCCGGGCGGCGCGGGGUCGCCGGCGGCUGGCAAGGCGGAGCUGGGGGCCUGGGCCGGCCUGGCGCGGGUGCGCCUGCCAGGCCGCUGGGUGGGCCAGUCGCGAUCCAGACCCCGCCGGACGUCCAGAGAGGCCAAAUCCUUCUUGAGAGCCUAAAGAAAAUGGCAGAAAUAUCAUCAGAGCCUUCAGGGCAGCUUAUUGUACACUCAGACACUCACAGUGACACUGUCCUGGCCAGUUUUGAGGACCAGAGGAAGAAAGGCUUUCUCUGUGACAUCACUUUAAUUGUGGAGAAUGUGCAUUUCCGGGCCCACAAAGCCUUACUGGCUGCCAGUAGUGAGUACUUCUCAAUGAUGUUUGCUGAAGAAGGAGAGAUCGGCCAGUCCAUUUAUAUGCUAGAAGGCAUGGUUGCCGACACUUUUGGUAUCCUGCUGGAAUUUAUGUACACGGGUUGUCUCCAGGCCAGUGAGAAAAGUACAGAACAAAUCCUGGCUACUGCCCAGUUCUUAAAAGUCUAUGACUUGGUAAAGGCUUACGCAGACUUUCAAAAUAACCAUAGCUCCCCAAAGCCAGCAACAUUGAACACAGCUGGUGCUCCAGUGGUUGUCAUUUCUAAUAAGAAAAAUGAGCCUCCAAAGCGGAAAAGGGGAAGACCAAGAAAAGUCAACAGUUUACAGGAGGGGAAGUCAGAACUGGCUGCAGAAGAAGAACUACAGCUGAGAGUGAACAAUUCAGUUCAGAAUAGAGCACACUUCGUGGUUAAAGAGCUCGACAGUGGCGUACUGAGCGAACAGAUUCCAGCAAAAGAAUUGGAAGAAUCUGAGCCGGCUUGUGAGCCAGGUAGAGGGGAGGAAAUGCCAGCUGAAAAAGAUGAGAACUGUGAUCCCAAGAGCCAGGAUGGGCAGGACAGCCAGAGUCGUUGUAGCAAGCGGAGGAUUCGGAGGUCUGUCAAACUGAAGGAUUACAAACUCGUUGGGGAUGAAGAUGACCAGGGUUCAGCCAGGAGGAUCUGUGGAAGGAGGAAGCGCCCUGGGGGCCCUGAGGCCCGUUGUAAAGAUUGCGGCAAAGUGUUUAAGUACAACCACUUUUUAGCAAUCCACCAGAGAAGCCACACGGGGGAGCGACCUUUCAAAUGUAACGAGUGUGGCAAAGGCUUCGCGCAGAAGCACUCCCUGCAGGUUCACACCCGGAUGCACACAGGCGAGCGGCCCUACACCUGCACCGUGUGUGGCAAGGCUCUUACCACCAAGCACUCGCUGCUGGAGCACAUGAGUCUGCACUCAGGACAGAAGUCUUUUACCUGUGAUCAGUGUGGAAAAUAUUUCAGCCAGAAAAGACAACUAAAGAGCCAUUACCGAGUUCAUACAGGCCACUCAUUACCGGAAUGCAACCAUUGCCACCGCAAAUUCAUGGAUGUGUCUCAGCUAAAGAAACAUCUACGAACACACACAGGUGAGAAGCCAUUUACGUGUGAAAUCUGUGGCAAAUCUUUCACAGCCAAGAGUUCUCUUCAGACCCACAUCCGAAUCCACAGAGGAGAAAAGCCAUAUUCCUGUGCCGUGUGCGGCAAAUCCUUCUCUGACUCGAGUGCCAAGCGGAGACACUGCAUUCUACACACGGGCAAAAAGCCUUUCUCCUGCCCUGAGUGUAACUUACAGUUUGCGCGCUUAGACAACUUGAAGGCUCACCUGAAAAUCCACAGCAAAGAGAAACACGUGUCCGAUGCCAGCAGCGUUUCCGGCAACAGUAACACCGAAGAGGUCAGGAAUGUCCUCCAGCUGCAGCCCUAUCAGCUCUCUACCUCCGGGGAGCAGGAAAUUCAGCUUCUUGUAACCGAUUCUGUACACAACAUCAAUUUCAUGCCUGGUCCUAGCCAAGGAAUCAGCAUCGUCACUGCAGAGAGCUCCCAAAACAUGACCGCAGACCAGGCUGCCAAUCUCACGCUGCUCGCGCAGCAGCCAGAGCAGCUGCAGAAUUUGAUACUCUCGGCUCAGCAGGAGCAAACCGAACACAUGCAGAGCCUCAAUAUGAUUGAAAGCCAGAUGGAGCCCUCCCAGACGGAGCCAGUGCACGUAAUCACACUCUCCAAGGAAACCCUGGAACAUCUUCACGCCCAUCAAGAGCAAACAGGGCAGCUCCAUUUAGCAGGUGCUUCAGAUCCGGCUCAGCACCUGCAGCUGACCCAGGAGCCACCCGCGCACCAUGUGCCCCAGCCCACGCCGCUGAGCCAGGAGCAGAGCUGACCUGAAAACACGCUCGACUGCUCUCUUGGUCUCUGUAAGCCGUAACAGGAUUGUGUUUGGCUUUGUGCAGCGUUCACUUGCAGGUCCUGACAGAGAUGUGGUAGCUAGCUGAGCUAGCCGAUAGCUUGUUGCUGUUCAUCCAGGAAGCAACAUGUGUGCAUCAUGUUGUCUCUCUGAUAUUGAUUUGGAUUUAGCAUUUCAGUAUUGAUGAAUGGGUUUUAUUUUCAUUUAUUAUAUCUCAUAAAGACUUGGGUGACUUUCCUUUGGGGGCACUGAAUUAGACUUUUCUGUGAGUAUUAAAUGUUCACAGCCAUAGGUUAUGGUCUUGCUGACCUUUCCAGUUAUAUUUUUUAGGACAAAGGAAGUCAUAUGUUGAGUUGGGUAGAAUGUUUGGUUCCCCUUCCUUAUUCCUCUUCGGCAUCACAGUUCCCACAAUAGUUCCCACUAUGGGGGCUGAAUAUGAGCAAUUACAACUUUGGGGACUCUGUCCUUUUAAGAAUUUCAGUCCCCUAAGACAUAGUAACCUCUCAAUGUUUAAUCUUCCCUCAGUGGGCUCAUCAUGUCAUGUUUAAGAUAGAUUGAAAGACGUAAAAACUGAAUGUCAAUUUUAACUCAAAAUUCACACACCAAGAAAGCCAAAAGGAUAGGAUUAUUUUUUAAAUUGUGAACUCGACUUUUCUGAGACACAGAUUUACAUGUUUUU